AUGGCUGGUAGGAAUGAUCGUGCAAUUGCUGAUGCUCUUCAAGCAUUAGCACAAGCUGUAAGUAACAACUAUAGGACUGAAAUCGCUCCUAAUUGGUUAGAGCGAUUUCAACGAAAUAAUCCACCUACUUUCCAAGGAGGAUAUGACCCAGAUGUUGCGAUGAAUUGGCUAAUGGAAAUCGAAAAGAUUUUCAAUGCCAUGGAGUGUCCUUUCACUCAGAAAGUGAGGUUGGCUACCUUCAUGUUGACUGCUGAUGCCCAUUUUUGGUGGGAAGGAGCACUUCAAAGGAUGAUUGAUGGAGAAAUGCAAUUGAAUUGGGACAACUUCAAGAGGGUUUUUCUUGAGAAGUAUUUCCCGGAUGAUGUAAGAAGCCAGAAGGAAGUUGAAUUUCUUGAACUAAAGCAAGGGAAUGACACAGUGGCAGAGUAUGCUGCAAAAUUUGAUGCCUUGGUUCGCUACUGUACUCAUUACCAUGGUGAGGAUGGCGAAAGGGCUAAGUGUAUUAAGUUCGUGAAUGGCCUUCGCCCUGAGAUAAAAACAGCAAUCAAUUAUCAAGAAAUUUAUCACUACCCGACUCUUGUCAACAAGAGUAGAAUUUACGACCGUGACAAUCGUGCACGUGCUGACUAUUACAAGGGAGCUGGAGGUCCUAUGCGUACCACAAAUUCUAGUGCUUUAGGUAAAAGUAAACCUUACACCAAGUCUACUGGGAAUUCAAGUUCUAAGGUGAAUAAUCAAGAUUCGAUGCAACGAAAGAGUCAAUCUCCAAUGGUUGGACAAACAUCAAAAGGGGGGAGUGAGGGUUCUGUUCCACGCGAUAAUUGCUUCAACUGUGGGAAGACAGGUCAUAAGGCAUAUGAGUGUUGGGUACCAAGAGUGAUAACAUGUUACAACUGUUACGAGAAGGGACACAAAGCUCGGGAGUGCCCCAAGAAUAAGAAAGAAACAACAGAGGUUGAAGGGAGCGCUAGCAAGCCUAGAGCCACAGGAAGAGUAUUUGCCUUGAGUGGUGUUGAAGCUACUUAA